AUGUCCUUAUUUGGGACGUCGCCAGAAGAUCCCUCUAUGGGUGAUUCGGUCCACCAGAGGUCCAGGUCUUCGCUUUUUGCAGAUGAGCCUUCGUCCGGUGGAGCUGGAGCUGGCAGCUCCGCCAACCUGGGCUCGUCCUCCCUCUUCGCCGAUGACGACGGGUUCCAGUCGAGCUCGCCCUGGAAUAGCAACGCGAACAAACGAGCCGCCAGACACGAGCUCGUGAAGACUUUGCUGCCCGACGCGGAUGUUCCCGAGAGCUAUAUUGACGCAUAUGACCUUGUGCUUAAUGAGGGGGACCGUGUCGGGGGCGUUGUGGGCUUGACCUCUGUGCGGGAGAUACUGUCGAGCAGCGGGCUCAGUGCCAGCGACCAGGCCAAGAUAUUUAAUCUCGUUGUUUCAGGGGAUGGCGAUAGCGCGAACGGGCUUGGUCGGGGUCAGUUCAACGUCCUCCUAGCGCUGAUUGGCCUUGCGCAGGAAGGGGAGGACCUUACGUUUGAUGCGGUAGAUGAUCGACGCAAGAAGCUUCCGCUACCGAAAAGUUCCUACCUUGACAGACUGCGCGACAGGCAACAACCCUCUGCACCUUCUCAUCCCGAAGAGCGGCCCACCACUCCUCCCCCUCCUCCCACGGCCAUAAAUGAUCCGCCUUCCGCGCGCUCGCGACAGUCCAGAGAAACUUUGGGUGGUUUGGACGCUGAUCCAUGGGGUAGCCCCCAACUACACCGCGGUCAUAACCAUGCGCAAACCGAACCCGAGCCCCCAGUCCUCAACGGCUUUGGAAGCGUGCGAUCGGCGACCAUUGCCUGGUCUAGCAGGGCUGGCGAGGAUGAGACACAACAUGAAGUACCGAGCGGUCCCCGUGUCAACGGGCGGACAGACGGUGUGCCCUCCACCAGCUCCGGGUCUGGAUGGGGGGAGAGUUAUGGCAAUACAACAGCUGGUGAUGGCUUUGGCGGACCGGUCCGAGCUGGACUUGGAAAUCUCGGUGCCCCCAGUAGUGGGCAGGAAGAGUCCAAUGCCCGACGGCGAUCGGGCAUCGGCAUCUCUACGAGUUCACAAGUGGAGGAGACUGUGACAGUUAACCUGCUCCCUGAGAAGGAGGGCAUGUUCAUGUUUCAGCACCGCAAUUACGAGGUGAAAUCGGCCCGUAGAGGCAGCACAGUGAUUCGACGAUACAGUGACUUUGUCUGGUUAUUAGAUUGUCUGCAGAAACGAUACCCAUUCCGACAACUUCCUUUACUUCCACCCAAGAGAAUUGCAGCGGAUUCAAACUCGUUCCUUGAGAAGCGGCGCCGAGGCCUCGUGCGGUUCACCAACGCACUCGUUCGUCAUCCUGUUUUGAGCCAGGAGCAACUCGUGGUCAUGUUCUUAACGGUUCCUACGGAACUCUCGGUCUGGCGCAAACAGGCCACGAUCUCGGUACAAGACGAAUUCACGGGCCGAGUCCUCCCUCCUGAUCUCGAGGACUCAUUGCCUGCUAAUUUGACGGAUAUUUUUGAGACGGUUCGUAGUGGCGUGAAGCGCUCCGCCGAAAUCUACAUCAACUUGUGCACACUGCUCGAGCGAUUAGCCAAGCGUAACGAGGGUCUCGCCGCGGACCACUUGCGGUUUUCGCUCGCAUUGCAGUCACUCACAGAAGUGACUAAGGACACAUACGCUGUGGAUACCAACGAUGUUCCUAUACUCAACGAGGGCAUCAUGGCUACGGCCAGGCACCUCUCCAACAGCCAGAGUUUGUUGGAGGACGAAGCCAGGGCAUGGGAAAAUGGCAUACUGGAGGACUUGAAGUUCCAGCGGGACUGCCUUGUCAGUGUGAGAGAGAUGUUCGACCGACGGGACCGAUACGCACGUAACAACAUACCUCAACUGGAGCGAAGGAUUGAAAGCAACGAGCGGAAGCUGCAGGAAUUGCGGGCACGCCCUCAAGGGGCGGUGAAACCCGGGGAAAUUGAGAAGGUCGAAGAGUCGAUAUUCAAGGAUAAGGAAUCAAUUGUGCAGCAACACGCGAGAGGAGUCUUCAUCAAAGAGUGCAUCCGAGAUGAGCUGGUACACUUCCAGCGGAGUCAGUAUCACAUCAGCCGACUUCAUCAGGAUUGGAGCCAGGAGCGAGUGAAAUACUCCGAGCUGCAGGCCGACAAUUGGCGGUCAUUGAGUGAUCAGGUGGAAGGAAUGCCUUUGGGCGAGUGA